CGGUUCAAGGGAUUUGGAUGUUACAUGGUGCGUGCAGUGUAUCGUUAAGGUUAGAGAUUAGAAGGAAGUUCUCUCAUCACUACUAGCUUCAGCUAUUUAAAUCUGUAGCCAAAACGGCCGCCUGUGCAGUUUAAUUGUUUUAAACUCUAAUAUAUGUACAAAGCCUAAAAUGUUCAAAAGUUGCGGGAAAAAAAUUGCGCUGUCUAUCGUAGGAGCUACCCUCACCUGCUUGUUGGUACUUCUGUUGGCCGAGCAUCAGAGAGCCCAGGUAGAGGAGGUGUUUAACGAGAGAGAGGUCGGGAUGCGCUCCCUACAAAGCCUGGAAAACCUACGGACAAAGAAAGGCGCUUCUAUGAUACAGAGUCAGUCGGAACACCAGCAACAAGAUAGUUCCAACCCCGAGCAGGAAAAGGGAUUUUCUGCUUAUUUCACAAAGCUAACGCGGGGAAGGAGAGAAGCGGAGAAACCAGAAUUGCAAAGGCAGUUGGUUACAGAGAAGCCACCUGCAGAGGACAUCACCCCUGAGGAUGUCUUUAUCGCGGUCAAGACGACCAAGAAGUUUCAUCAGUCCAGGCUGGAGCUGCUUCUUGACACCUGGAUAUCAAGGAACCUGCAACAGACAUACGUCUUUACAGAUGGCGAGGACGAGGAGCUGAAGAAAAGAAUGGGAAGCCACGCAAUCAACACAAACUGUUCGGCUGCCCACAGUCGCCAAGCGCUGUCUUGCAAAAUGGCGGUAGAGUACGACAAGUUCAUCGAGUCAGGCAAAAAGUGGUUUUGCCACGUGGAUGACGAUAACUAUGUUAAUGUUCGCACUCUGGUGAAACUGCUGUCCGGCUACGUCCACACACAGGAUAUUUACAUUGGCAAGCCCAGCCUGGACAGGCCCAUAGAGGCAACGGAGAGACUUGCAGACAACAAAGUGAGGCCAGUUCACUUUUGGUUCGCCACAGGGGGAGCUGGUUUUUGCCUGAGCCGUGGGCUGGCACUGAAGAUGAGCCCAUGGGCAGGUGGUGGACAUUUCAUGAACACGGCAGAAAAGAUUCGCCUCCCAGAUGACUGCACAGUUGGCUACAUCAUCGAAUCCGUCCUGGGAGUCAAACUGAUCCGAAGCAACCUGUUCCAUUCCCACUUGGAGAACCUGCAGCAGGUGCCCAAGUCUGGACUGCAGAACCAGGUUACACUGAGCUACGGGAUGUUUGAGAACAAGAGGAAUUCCAUCAACAUGAAAGGGGCUUUUUCAGUAGAGCAGGAUCCUUCUAGGUUUAAGUCUGUUCACUGCAUGCUGUAUCCUGACACCCCCUGGUGCCCCACCCAGCCAGCCUAUUAACGGCCAGCUCCCCUUCGUCAGCCUCGUCCUGUGCUGCCCUGGUAACUCAAGGGCUAGCAGGACCCGUGUCAUUUGGCUGUGCAGCUGCUGUUUUUUCACUGCAGUUUUGCACAGCCUCCGUUUGUUUAACUGGGCUGCUGUGCGGCCCACAGUUUCAUUACGAACUCUUCCUGCCCUGCUGCUGCCAGUGCUUCUCUCUUCCCAAGGGCGGAGCGAGAGGGCCAGCAGAGUGAGGUGUUUGCACCCCACGGACUCCGGUCUGUGGGGCGCAGGCAGUCAGCUGUGCUUGAUAUUUGUAAAUGUUGCUUGUGAUGUAUUUGCAAUUCUCAUAGAAUGUAAGUUAAUGUUACUGUGCCUUUUGCCAGCUUUGCUUAUUGCCUUUUCAGUUUUUGGUGCUUACAGUUACGCCAUUAUUGCUUUGUGUACGUAAUAAGCAAUUUGGAAGAUGUAUAGGAAUUUGUUACAACGCAUAUACUAGUUAUCAAAGACGAUCUAAAGUGAAAGGGGAAAUGUUUGUUUUUUAAUAUUUCUGUAGACUCCGGACAAAAUCAUUGAUAUGAAGAGGCUUUUGAAUAGUUUUUGCCAUUUCAGUGUUAGUAAUAAUAUUACUUGAGCUGGCAGUUGGCAGUCUUCUAGAUGUACUCUCAGAUAUUUAUUUCUGAGGUACAUCAUUAUAGAGCACUUUUUCCCCCUUCAUGAAUUUUUGAGAGAUUUAAAAGAGGCCAGUUGUGCUUUAGGUCUGUUUUAAAAUUGAAGGACGACUUAACCCAAAAAAAUAGUUUAUAGAUAUUGUGAUAUUUAAUUCAAUAUAUUACAGUUUAUAAGUGAGUAAUAUAUUAGUAACAUUAGUACAAAUUAAAUGAUACAAUCAUCUUCUUGUGAAAAGAUGUAUAAAUAGAUGCACAGCUUCCCUUAAACAAAACUGUUGAUAAUUUUUUGUAAAUUGUUAAAUGCAUAAAGGGUUGUCACCUUUCUCAUUAUAUUUACCCUGUAUAUUUUUAACAUACCUCUGUAUAAGCAGCCCUAAAGUAUAUUUGUACAGUAGAUCUUAAAUACUAAACAGUUUCCUUAAGAGAUACCAAACACUGUUUAAUGUGUGUGCCUUGGUCUAAAGACUUCAAAGAUGCAAAUUGAUUCGGAAGGGACAUUUUUGAAGUGUUAAUAUAUUUAAUUUCAUCGAGAUAUAAAUGGCAGGUGAAUCAUCACAGGAAAUAGAACCUAAUACUCACAGAAUGCAAGGGUUAUAAAUCUUUUCCCUGCAGUGGGCUUUAGUCUUUCCUUUUUGUAAUGACUGCUGGGAAAUUGGGGACUUCUGAAAAAAGGUGAGAGAACUUUGCAAGGAAAAAGUCAAUUAAUAACACAGAGGGCAGCUCCCACCUCUGUGAAGAUAACCCACACUGGGUGUGCCUGUAAAUCUUUUAUUUUUAACAGUAUUUCUUUACUGUAUAUUUUUCAUGGUUGUAAUUUGUAUAUAAUUCUGAUUAGUUUUCUGUGGAUCAGAAAUGCUUCUGAUAAACUUUUACAAUGUUUAUUGACGGCCUGUAAUCCUGUUCUUUUUGUAUUUAUAAUCCAGUAUCUGGAUUUGUUUUGGUUUUGUUAAAUUGGAGAAGAAAGAUCAAUGUAAAUGCCUCUCAGGGACAAUAACCUGAUAUUGUUACCAUGGAAUCUCCAGUGGUUCCCAUCAUUUGCUUUUAAUAAAGCAGCUUAUUUGCAAUUUAAUUGUG